AUGGCGGUGAACUUCAUUCUCGGUUGGCGCCUGGUGGCAGCGAGCAGGGCACAGCAACUGCCCCGACCCUCCCUGUCACUGCACCCCAGCCAGGGGGUGUCCCUGGGGGACAAUGUCACCCUGCGCUGCCACCUGCCCCGGCUGGCUGCCCGGGUCUGGCUGUACCGGGAAGGAGAUUGGUCGUACAACAAGGGGAAGAAGAAGGAUCAGGACGCGGCCGAGUUCUCCUUUGUUGGCACACUGCAGGAACACGCAGGUCGUUAUCGGUGUCAGUACUGGGUGUCUGAGUCAGCCGAGGUGUCAGUGAAGAGUGACCCUGUGGAGCUGGUGCUGACAGAUCUCAGAUAUCCACCAUCCAGCAUUUCCCUUCACCCUCAGCAACAUGUGGGAACAGGGACCAAUGUCACCAUCCGCUGCUGGAACAAGGAUUACGGGGCCACCUUCCUCCUGCACAAGGAUGGGAGCUCAGACCCUAUCAAGCACCAGAACUCCAGUGGUGGGGGCACAGCCACUUUCACCCUCUUUGGGGUGACCCCAGCUGACAGUGGCACCUACAGGUGCUCCUAUCGCCCCUGGCGCUACGCCUUCAUGUCCUCACCCCUUGGGGACAGCGUGAUGCUGGAGGUGACACCCACACCUGCACCCCCAGGUGCCGAGGAGCAGUCCCGUGCCAAUCUGGUGAUGGCACUGGUGAGGGGCUUUGUGGCUGCACUCGUCUUUGGCCUCGGAGUCUUCUUUGUCAUUGAUGCCCGCAACCUCUGGAUACGGAGAGAUGACAACUGUGGUGAGCAAGUUUAAAUGUCUACCAUCCCCUACUGAUUCCUUCAGUGUCCCCCGCCUGCCCUUCUAUCCCAUAUAGACCCUCCCAGGUGUCCCUUGCCUUCCCUUUCAUCCCCUGUCAAUUCCCGAUUGUGCUCCUGGAGUGUGAAUCAAGGUCACCCCAUAACCCACUUUCUGACUCAGGAGCCCCCCCAUAAUGCACGAGGCUGUGAAGUUCCUGAUUAUUGUCUGGCUCACAAACCCCAUCUCCCAACUUUCCCCCUGGGGCCUCACCAAACCUCACCAGGGAAACCCAAACCCUGCUCAUAAUUACACCUCGGGACCAACAACCCCAUAUGGCUCACCCUAACUUUACAUACCUCCCAAAUCCAGCCCAUGGGGAACCCAAAAUCUGCAUUGGGGGGAGUCCCUAGUCACAAAAUCUCAGCCUCGAGACCCAUCGGAGCCCUCCAGGCCCUAAGCACACCACAGAUCCCAUAGUGCACCCACAAACCCACUAGAAGGUACCCCAAAAACCACACAUAUGGGACCCCAGUCUAUGACCCACAGGGAUGACAAAUCUAAUCCGCUAUGGUCCCACAAUCCCUUAACACUCCAGACCCCGUGGGCACCCCCAAACCACAGCAGGACCCCCAACCAUCCCCCCUUGGGAUCCACAAAUGGAAGCACCGCACAGCUCCAGACCGUCCCUCUUGAACACCACUCCCAAAUACCAACACAAUCGGUCCCCCUCCAAAGCAUGUGGGAGACCCCCAUGGUGGCACCCCGCUGUUCCCCUGUGUCUCCAGGUGCCCCCCCCCAGUGACAGUGACCGUCUGACCUACGUCGAGAUUCGUGCAGUGACCCCCGCUGAUACCCCCACACCCGCAGUACUUCAUUUUUAAGGUGUUCUGGAAGGGACACACCCCAAAUUCCCGACUUGGAGCUCCAUGAUGCUGUAAGCACAUCCUUACACCCCUAAAUCCCAAGAAAUCAAACAUCUCCAAAUCCUCACCUGUGCAGCUCAUCUCAUUCCCAGGCCCACCAAAUUCCUGAAUUCUCCUUUCUUCCUCAUUUUCUUCCCAGUACUCUGUUACACUUCUUCUGCAGCAGCCAUAACCUCAGUUUUCCAGAAGGUAGCAGAGAAGGCAAUAACACCAGUGUACAAUUAUCCUUUAUCCCUGUCGCUCAUUCAUUGUUACUAGGACGUCCCCUAAUUUUGUUGCAGCGCAUUUGAUUGGCUGAUGGUGGACAGUUCAAUAAAUGGUCUUCUGUUGUUCCUC